AUGUCAACCAUCAGUCAGCAGUUCAUACCCGAAGCAUUCAGCUCCGAAGCCUACGAAUCGCUCGAAGCCGCGCAGGCCCAGUUCAACAGGGAUCUGCUCGAGUUCUUCCCCGAAGUCAAGCCCCCACCUGUCGUCGAACCGACCUCACAACUCGAUAGCCACGGGCGCGUCGUCUUUGGCUGGGACGUCAGUGGACCCGCCCAAGUCGAUGUCGAUCCCAAGGCCCAGGAAGAGAUGCAGACCAUCGUCGGGUGGGCAAUCGAGGCGCUACGUAAGGACCAGGAGAGGUGCGACAAGGUCCGCAUCCUCUCGCUCGUCGACUAUGGCUGGUUUCAGGAGAAGGAGAUGCAAGGCAUGGCCGAGAUUGUCAAGAAGAGUAAGAACCUUGAGACAUUCGCCAUUGUGAGUUUCCAAAGAGGCGCCCUUCGCAACAUGCUGCCGUAUGCUGGUGCUGAUUCCUCUUUUUGGGACACCUUGACGCAUCGCGACGCGUCGUCGUCACCAGACCCAAGGCGACACCACCCACAACGCGUCCUAUAGCCCCUACAUCGAGCCUUUAUGGGAGGCGCUGAAGCAAGCACCGCUGCUCGCACAUCUGAUUGCCAACAACGGACCGAUCGUCCCAUACAAGUACGAAACGUUCAGCUCGUCCUUGGCCCGCCUCGAAUUGGCGAACGCGCAGGUCGAAGACACCGACGGCGAGUUACCUGCGGGGCUCAAGUCGUUGACGCUUGACUACAUCUCGGGCUUCAACAAGGCUUGGUUCAACCCUGCGGUGUUCAAAAACCUGGAAACCUUGAGGCUGCGCGACGUCAAAGCCCCCGAGAUCGAGAUCAUCACCUCGGCGAUCAAGGAUUUUGUCGCGACGGCGACGAAGGGACCCUUGACACGUCUCUCGUUGGACCUGUUCUUUGAUUGGUUCGGGUCGAUGACACCCGCGCCCGAGCUGGUUCCGGCGAUGA